AUGCACCACGCGUCCGGUCACGUGCCACCUUCGGUGCAAUUCACCAAACAAGCGCUCAAGGGUCGACGCGCCGCGUGCACGACCAUGUAUUCCUAUCCCUCGUCCGCUUCAAGCGUUCCAGUUCUAGAGGACGUCGUCUUUCGUUGGGAUAGUACAUGUUACAAUUUCACCAAGAUCGAUCUUUACCUCUCUGUACAAAGUCUGGCCGACGGACUGGUUCCCGUCCACUGUUGGACCCAGAUUGACUUCGGAAUGGGUACCACGAAGGUCCGCCUCAACCCGACCUGGUGGAACGCGUCAUCCAAUGGCGGAGAUCCUAUUACUGCCGAGGUGAGUCUUGUCACCGAAAUGUCUUGUGCUCGUCUGACCGCGGGUAACCAAUGUCGCAACUUGAACCGGCAGUUGGGCAUGACGGCGUCCGGAUCCCCUCUCUGGAAUACCCCGGCCUCGUCCUCUCCCGCUUUCACGAUCACUAACAUCUACAACGCCUCCAAUACCAAUGCACCUGCAACGGAGGCGGCGGCAAACGGCUCCCCGACUGUUGGAAUCAGUCAUUCCAAGUCCUUGGACGGAGGUCUUGCCGGCGGGCGACUGGCUGCCGCUGUCGCGACGCCUCUCGUGGCCUUGAUGGUUGCGGUAUGCGCAUACCUGGCUUGGCACAAAUUUUAUCGGAAAAGGGGAGAUACAAAACGUUGGAGUGCGGUAAGCUCGUCUGGCCGGCUGGCGCUGGACUAUUGGCCCCGAUUAGCUCACUCGUUUUUGGAAUGAUGUGCAGGUCAUCGACAAGCGCGUGUCCAUGAUGUCCGAGGGCACUUGGCAACCCAGCGCAUCGAUUGUCUCCCGUCCAGAAUCAUUCAGGAGUAGGAACAGGCACUCUACCUCAUCUUACGGCAACCUCGAAGGCGCACAGCGCGGGAGUAUUAUUCGACCAUCGUCAACAUACUCGAGCGAGCACGCCUCGCCGCCGCGUCGACCAGUCGACCGAUCGAGUCGCAUCAGCUUCGCCUCCAUUCCCGAGUUGUCUCGCCGCGAAGGCUACGACAAACUCCCAGGCCAGAGUCAUCGCCAUGGUCGCACUCGCUCUGACAUGGGUCCACAAUGCACUCGCCGAGAUCUCACGCAGAUGUCAUCAUCGCCUAGCGACGGUGCGCUCAAUCCACGACUAACCGGCAUGAGCGCGUACAAGUCAUCUCUUCGUCAUGAGGUCUUGUUAUCCGACCCUAUCAAAGUUGAAUUAUGCGAGGAAGAUGUGCUUCCUUCCGGCCCAGUCAGGCCCCCCGGGGAGGAUCCUGCUUACAGCAUCUCGAGUGAAAGUGACGACUCAUUCAACCGACUCGAUACCGGAACCAACAGACAGGCUUGCCUGAUCCUUGGAGAGACCCCAGCCAACGCAGUGGACCCAUAG